UUUUCCAUAAAAAAAAAAUGGCCUUGCAAUUAGGUUUUCAAAGCCAUUUUUGACGGUCCAAGAUUCUUCCUAACGGUCACACGUGCACCGAAUCACUUCUACGGCGAAACUCUCUCACUAGGACUCGAACUAUCGAUGAGGAAGGAAAAGAGAAAGCUCGUCCGGGAGAUUAUCUCAAUCGAUGGCGAUACUUGCACUUCUGAGAAUGUUGUAGUGUCCUUGUCUGCUUGCGAAAGGACGCGUGAACAAGAAGCUGAAGAUCUAAGGAGGAGCUUUGCAUUAACAAGGACUUUAUCUCCCAUUCCUCGUGGUCAGCGAUCAAAGAGGAGAGCUAACCUUAAGAAUGCUAUUUCUAAACAAAAAAAGAUAGAUAGUGGAGCUUUUGGAUGUCACUUCGAGAAUUUAUGGGGAAGCUUUUCUGAAGAUAAGAGGACCUCCUUUACGUACCUUGACUGCUUAUGGUUUAACUUGUAUAGGGGACAACCCCAUAAAGCCAAGGUGCUAACAUGGAUUAAGAAGAAGCACAUUUUUUCAAAGAAAUAUGUUUUGGUUCCUAUUAUUUGCUGGGGUCACUGGAGCCUCUUGAUCUUCUGCCACUUUGGUGAGAGCUUGCAAUCAAAAACCAGAACACCAUGCAUGUUAUUGCUGGAUUCGCUCGAAAUGGGAAAUCCAAGGCGGGUUGAACCAGAUAUAAGAAAAUUUGUGUUGGACAUUUAUGAAGCAGAGGGCAGGCCUGAGGAUAAGGACUUAAUUUAUCGAAUUCCUCUGUUGGUGCCUAAGGUUCCACAACAGACGAAUGACGAGGAAUGCGGCAGAUUUGUUCUUUACUUUAGUAAAUUGUUCGUGGAAGGCGCUCCGGAGGAUUUUAGAAUUGAGGAUUAUCCUUACUUUAUGAACGAAAAUUGGUUUAACCCUAAUGGCUUGGAGAGCUUCUGCGAGAAACUUGGCAUUGGAAAAUUGAGGUUCUGCUAGCUGAUUGUAGAUACCAUGAUAGGUUUAGUUUUAGUGGUGCAUGAGGAAAUUGGCUUAUUAAUAGGAUCCUUCCAGGUCAAGAUUUUGUUUUGUUGUAUCUGUGUACAUAGCAUCUCAUCAUUACUAUGCAAAUUAAUUCACCACGUGACAAUAUAUUCACCAUUAGAUUUGUAAAA